GAAGCCUCGGCGCCGAUUACCCGUACUGCCCGAGCCCAGUACAGAAGUACGCAUUUGAAUGUUUCACCGACUACAACACUCAGAUGUUAAACAUGAAGAAGAGCAGAGACUCCCUAUUGUCCGGGGUGGACGUAGAAAUACUGCGGGCUUUCUGCAGUUCCUACAAUACGGCCAUAGCCUGUAUCAGAAACAUUAAGGAAGUAUGUCCCACGUCCCUCCACCGGAAGAUCGAGGCGACACAGAUGAACCUAGAGGGCGCCCAUUCCGAGCUCUCGGAACUCUGCUCGGACGACAGUAUUUACGAACGUUACGCCCGCUAUAUGACUUGUUUCCAGGAAUUCGGGCCACACUCCGAGAGCUGCUUCAAGAGGGAGAUGAACUCACAACUUCGACUGAUGCAGUGGAUCAGCGAGGACGAUAUAUAUCAGUUAUGUAGCGAUCUAGCCCAAACCUUGGAUUGCAUUACCUCCACAAUAACCAUCGAGUGUGGACCGGAAGCUGCGCAACUUGUACCCGUUCUUGUAAAGCCCAUGGUAAAGAAAAGCUCAGAGUGUGACGUAAUAUCUACAACAAUAUCAGAAGAACCCCAGACCACAGCUAAACGAUGGAGGCCUUACAGACAGGUAGCUACGUGUACCGCUUGA